UUGAGAAGCCAUUUUGUUUUUGCAUGAACCGAUUUCUUGCAAGGGAAUCUUAUAUUACACCGAUUACCUGAUAUUUGAAGGAGGGAACCCUUGCUCUCAGGCGCUGUUUUAUUUUAACCCUUUUUGACCAUCAUCAUGGUGCGAUUCAAUUCGUUCUUUGCCUUCGUUUUAGGUAUUGUUAUUUUCCUGUUAAUACGUUUCUUUCGUCGUUAUCGGGAGCGCCCGGUUUCAAAAAGCGAAAAGGAAUUUUUCAUCCCACGCGCCUAUACCAUCGAGGAGCUUGCGGAAUACGACGGAGUCCGGAAGCCCUAUGCCUUUAUGGGUAUCAAGGGUGUUAUCUACAACGUUGCCUUGGAGUGGUAUGGACCGGAUGCCCCUUACCAUGUUUUUGCAGGCCGUGAUAGCUCCCGGGCCCUUGGGAAGUUCAAAGUCGAUCAAAGCGAGGCAAACGCCGACUGGACGCGGCUUUCGCCAUCGCAUAUGAAAUCUCUGGACGACUGGGAAGAAAAGCUCCGCUUCAAGUAUCCGGUUGUGGGGUGGAUCAAUGAUCCCAACGGCGACUUUGUCAAGCGCUCCCAAGAUUUCGAACCAUAAACGCGAAGAAUCACCCCUCUUCCCUGGUACUUUAUAUAGUUAUUAAAUUAUUCUAAAAAGAUGGUGAUGCAACUAUUAUAACACAUCCAUACUCGUACAUAGUAUAGAGUU